GUAUAAACCUUAAGAGUGUCUGAUUGUUGCUGUUGACGUUGCCAAUUGAAAAAUAUGAGCGCAGCACAAGAGGAUCAGGAUCGCAUACAAAAGCGUGUCAAUAAAAUCCUUGAGACACGGCUAGAAACGGACAAGGACACGCUCGAUGCGCUAAAUGGACUCUCCAGCUUUUUCACAGAGAAUACCCUGCAGAAUCGUCGCAAUCUGCGCAGCCAAAUCGAACAUCGCUCCGUUGGCAUCAAUGAAAAUUUCCUGAAGGCCUUUCGUGAGGUGAAACUCACAUUGGAUGCGGUGUGCACGGAUCUGGACACGAUGUCAACAUCGGUGCAAACCAUGAAGACGGAUCUGGAAACAUCCAAAGCCCUGACCAAGGAUCUAAUCGAACAGACAAAUAAAAUGCAACAGGAGCGCGAGCGAUUGGAGGUGCAUCAGCAAAUAGCCCAGGCAUUUUUGGCGCGCUUCCAGCUUAGCGUGCCGGAGCAUCAGCUGCUCUACGGCACCGCCAAGGAUGCGCCCAUUGUGCCCGAGUUCUUCAAGGUGCUGGAUCGCGUACAGUCCAUACAUUCCGAUUGCCGGCUGCUUAUGCAGUGCGGUUAUCAGACGGCUGCCCUGGACAUUAUGGAGGAGAUGACGCUGCAUCAGGAGGGUGCACUCGAGCGUCUCUACCGCUGGACUCAGAACCAUUGUCGCAAUCUGGAAAACAACGAGAUUGGACCGCUCAUCGUGGAGGCCAUGAGUCGCCUGCAGGACAGGCCGGUGCUCUUCAAGUACGUCAUCGAUGAGUAUGCGAUUGCGCGUCGCGCCGUGCUGGUGCGCCAGUUCAUCGAGGCCCUCACCGAAGGCGGACACGGCGGCAAUCCGAAGCCCAUCGAGCUGCAUGUCCACGAUCCCAAACGCUAUAUUGGGGACAUGUUCGCCUGGCUGCAUCAGAGCAUACCCAACGAGAAGGAGAACCUGACGCUGCUCUUCAAGAAGUGCGACAAACACGAUAUUUCGGAGCAAAUGCAAAAGGCUCUCAGCUACAUAGCCGACGGCGUCUGUCAUCCGCUUAAGGUGCGCGUGGAGACCAUCUUGAGCUCGGAGCAGGACACCAUCAUAUUGUUUACCAUCUCGAAUCUGUUGCGUUUCUAUCAGCAAAUCAUGAAGCAGGUGGUGCAGGGCGGCAGCCUCGAGCAGUGCCUCAUCGAGCUGCAGCAGAGCAGCGAGCAAAUCUAUCUAAAUGCUCUCGCCGCCCAGGUGCGCAGCGUGCUCCAAAGGCCGGCGGGCAGCAGUCUGGCACUGGAGCCACCGCAACGCGAUCUGGUGCCGCCGGUAAGCGUGUCUCGGCUGCUUAAUAUACUGAAAGAGAUCCUGUCCGUGGCGACCAUGGUCGACGGUCGCCAGGCGGAUAUAACCAAAAUUGUGACCUGUGUAAUCGAUCCGCUGCUGCAGUCGGUGCAGGAGAGCGCCGCCCAUUUGCCCACCGUGGACAUGGCCGUCUAUUUGCUCAACUGCUUGUAUCACAUGCAGAGCACCUUGGCGGUGUUUGAGUACAUGGAUGAGCGCGUGGAGCGGCUGCAGGCACAGUCUGAUGCACAGCUGGACACGCUCACCUCCGAGCAGGCCUCCUCGCUGGUGGCCAACCUCAAUCUGGGCCCCAUCUACACCAUACUGCAGAGCAAUCAGACCAAGAUCGAGACCAACUUGCUGAAGAUUUUCAUGUCCAAAAUGGAUGCAUUCCUGCAACUGCCCGAUGUGCUGCUGUUGCCGCAGGUGCAGCUGAUCAUGUCCAGCAGCCAUCGCAGCACCGUGCAGCAUCGCGCCUUCAAUGUCAUUGUCGCCAUCUAUAAACAGAUCUAUGAGCGUGUACACGAUCCGGCCAAUGGCUUCGAGCAGCCCGACCUGCUGCUGCACAAAACGCCCGAUCAAGUGGCACGCAUAUUGGCCACCUAAUAACCUUUUGGACUCCCAGCAGCUUAUGUGUAUUUAUAUUUAUAUAUAUAUUAUAAUAUAUUUUAUGGCUACCCACUGUAGUUUACUGUA